AUGUCAAAAACCACUCCAAGCGACGAUAUCGCUAGCAAAGUGUUGAACAUCACCGAUGGCUUUGGGAAAGAGACAAAAGAAACAACAGCACCAACAUACCCUCUCCUCAUCUCGAACGAGUCCUACACCACUCUGUCAUCCUUCCCCGUUCACUCCCCAUCGACCGGCAACCUCAUCCACCACUUUAGCUCCGCCUCCAUCACCGAUACCGAGACUGCUAUAGCGGCAGCACAAAAGUCCUUCCCGGCAUGGCGCGCCCUUCCUCCCCCAAAGAAACGUGACAUCUUCCUCAAAGCCGCUGAUAUAAUGGAUUCCCGCCGCGAAGCACUCCAAGAAUACAUGGUUGAGGAAACCGGCGCCACAGAGGGAUGGGCAGCAUUCAAUCUUAAUUUGGCUUCGGAUAUCCUCCGCGACGUAGCAGGAAGAAUCUCGAGCAUUACUGGAAGCAUUCCGACCACUGCACAAGAAGGCACCAACGCGUUUGUGUACAAGGAACCUUAUGGGGUCAUCCUAGCAAUUGCACCUUGGAAUGCACCGUACAUCCUGGGUGUACGUUCUAUCGCCUUUCCGCUGGCGGCGGGCAAUACGGCAAUAUUAAAAGCCUCUGAAUUAUCCCCCAUGUGCUCGCAUGCCAUGGUUUCCUGUUUCUAUGAAGCCGGGCUUCCUCAGGGCGUGUUAAAUAUGAUUGCUCAUAAACCAACUGAUGCAGCCCCUGUUACUAAAUAUCUGAUUGAGCACCCCAGUAUCAAGAAGGUAAACUUUACAGGCUCGACGAUAGUGGGGAAGAUCAUCGCAAAGCUAGCAGGAGAGAAUCUCAAGCCCGUGUUACUAGAACUUGGGGGUAAGGCACCGGCUAUUGUGUUAGAUGAUGCGGAUCUGGUACUUGCAGCAAAGGAGUGUGCUUUAGGCGCGUUUCUAAACUGUGGUCAGAUCUGCAUGUCGACUGAACGAGUGAUUGUCCACGAGAAAGUCGUCACAGAAUUUGAGUUUGAGUUUAAGAAAGCAGUUGCGGAAUCCGCUCAUCAAGACCAAGAAGUGGGGUGUCUUAUUAACAAUGGUGGGGCAGACAAAAGCAAGAGGCUCCUUAAGGAUGCCAUUUUGAAGGGCGCGACAAUAAUUUACGGUGAUCCGGUAAAUGGUGAAGGGGCGAAGAUGAAGCCAGUUAUCAUAAAGGGAACAACGAAGGAUAUGGAUAUCUUCUAUACAGAGAGUUUUGGGCCAACGGUUAGCUUGAUGGUGGUGAAAAGUGAUGAUGAGGCGCUAGAGUUGGCUAAUGACACAGAGUAUGGGCUGAGUGCUGCAGUAUUUACGAGGGAUUUAGCAAGGGGACUGAGGUUUGCGAGGGAGGUAGAGAGUGGAGCCGUGCACAUCAAUGGGAUGACUGUUCACGAUGAGACGGCAUUGCCGCAUGGUGGUGAGUUUUUCAAGAGUUACUUUUUCUUAUAUAUGCGAGAAAGGUUGAAAAAGUGGCUGAUUCAAAGGCUGCCAGGAAUGAAAGCUAGUGGGUAUGGGAGAUUUGGAGCAAGUGGGCUGGAGGAAUGGGUUAGGACAAAGACCGUCACAUAUAAGGAUUGA